AUGAAUAACGCCACCCCACCAGCUCCUUCCAAGCCCAAACCUCAGCCUCCUCAUCUCUGCCUCUGCGGCCUUCCCGCCUCCCUAGAGCACUCCAACAUCUUCUGUUCCUCCGCCUGUGCCCUCUCUGACACAAUGAACACUCUUUCCGCCCGUAAACCCUCGCACUAUCGCAGUCAGUCGUUGAAGGACGAUUCAGAAGCGAGGAAAGUGUUCAAGAACUUUCCGUUUUUGAUGGAUGGGUUUACGCCCAAGACGCGGAGGACUCAUACUGGGGCGAGAGUUGAUCGUCCUAGCGAGUUGUGCUCGGAUGUGAAUUUGACGGAGACCGAUGCUAGAACACGAAUGACACAGAGCCUGGAGGCGGAUGCGCCACCCGCUGUUGGUCGAGAUAAAGAGCCGUCGUAUAACGGGCGAACAAACGUGAGGGGAUCUCAAGUCGCUUCGGAUGGUAUUUUGUCCGAAUUCACGCCCGAAGGAAACGAUGCGGUCCUAGCUCCGGUCGAAGAGCAUGGGACGUCUGACUUGAAACGCGACAAAUCCAGUGUCGACGAGGCUCGCGCAAAGCUCGAUCACCUUCGAAAUAUCCUCUGCCCAGGGCUCAGUAUCCCAGCCCAUCCGGGUAGACACCUCGGUAUCCCCUCACCGAUCCCUGAGACAUCUGAAUUUUCCCCAACUGUGAGCGUGACCGACAACACCGAACUCAACGCCGCCGCAGACUGUUUGGUCUCGGAUCGUGUCAACGGCUCUGGUCGAAUGCACUCGCACUCCAUCGCGAGACUUCGUAUACCCACAACUUCUCAGGCGACCGUUAACCACCAACCUUCCAACCACCCUCGCUUAUCCGCUGGCCUCCGACGCUCACGCUCUUUCGCAGGCUAUAACACUUCUCAGGCUUCUCGGGCAUCAGAUCUAACUAUGUUGACUCCUCUCACUAGAGCCCGAAACGAGCAAGAGUUCCAUGAUACGCUCUGGGCUUACGUGGCGGAGAUUAGGGAAGGAUUCAAGUUGGAGGAUAUGGUUAAUGAUAAGCGGAUCUGGGGGAGUGUCAGUGACGACGAGGACGAAUGA